AUGGCUCACUACAAAGGUGCUGCUUCAGAAGCUGGCAGGGCUAUGCACCUCAUGAAGAAAAGAGAGAAAGCACAGCAAGAGAUAGAACUUCGUAAAAAGAAGAUAGAGGAAGACCUUAAGAUUGAAAAUAUAGAGAAUAAAUUUGCGACACAUUAUGAUGCCGUAGAACAGCAAUUGAAGAGUUCCACCAUUGGACUCGUAACCCUCGAUGAAAUGAAAGCUAAGCAAGAACACAUUGUUCGCGAAAGGGAGAAAAAAUUAGCUCAAAAAAAGGCAGAGAAAGAAAAGGAAAGGCAGAAAGAAAUUGAAGCCAAGCAAGCGCAAAAAAAUAAACAAAAACGUCAGAUACAAGCACUUUCAUUUGAUUUAAAUGAGGAUGAAGAUGAUGAUGAGGAUGAAGAGAAAGCUGAGAAAGAUUGGCGAGAGCAGGAAGAAGUACCUCUCAAAAAAAUUCGUAAAAAUCCAGAUGUUGACACAUCAUUUUUACCAGAUAGAGAAAGAGAAGAAGCUGAUUUGAAAUUACGGGAAGAACUAAGACUAGAAUGGGUUAUGACACAAGCAAGUCUUAAAGAUGAACCUAUAACUGUUACAUUCAGCUACUGGGAUGGAUCUGGGCAUAGGAGAAAUGUGACACUAAAAAAAGGAAACUCAAUUUACCAGUUCUUGCAGCGAUGUUUAGACACAUUGAGACCAGAGUUCAGUGAACUUAAAACUGUUUCUGCUGACCAACUGAUGUAUGUGAAGGAAGAUCUUAUACUGCCACAUCAUUAUACAUUUUAUGACUUCAUUGUUACCAAGGCUCGUGGAAAAAGUGGACCAUUAUUUCAGUUUGAUGCUUCUGAUGAUGUUAGGUUAGUAAAUGAUGCAACACAAGAAAAACAAGAUUCUCAUGCAGGGAAGGUCCUUCUAAGGUCAUGGUAUGAGAGGAAUAAACAUAUAUUUCCAGCAUCUCGAUGGGAGCCAUAUGACCCAACAAAAACUUAUUCGAAAUAUACAAUAAAAGGUAAA